AAGAACUCAGAGCAUAUUGAUCUUACUUGAAGGAUUUUUUUUCCGAGACUUAUUUGUAAACGGAAGACAGUAAUUGAUUAAAUCAUGGCUACUAAUUUAAUAAAACACUGGAACAUAUGAAUAAUAAUAAGUUAAAGAUGGAUUUAAAGCACACAUGCCACUGGAAUUUGGAAUAGUAGACACAACCAGCUGUAGAGAAUCUGCGCAGAAACGAUGAAAAGAAACGACAAGACGUGUAUAUGAAAUAGACAUCAUCGGACGCACGAGAUUUACCAGAAAUUCGAAAAUGAGGAACCCAAGAAACACCGAGCCUAUGUCUUUAUUGGAUGUUAUAAAGAAUGGAUAUUUUCAACAGGUUCGAUUCCUCGUUGACCAUGGUGUCAAUUUAGAUCAGAGAGACGGGGAAAGGCGGACUGCUCUUAUGCUAUGUGCAUUUAUAGAACCGGCAGCAUGGGGCGUUGGUAUAUGUCGUCUGCUGAUAGAAAAUGGCGCCACAUUGUUUUUUAAAGGACAAAUAUGGACUGAAUGCAUUUCAUUACGCAGUAAUUUAUGAACGAGUGGACUUAGUGCGUGUUUAUUUAAAGGCAAUAGAUUUCAAUCUAAACGAGGGCGAUAAGCAAGGAAAUACAGCUUUACAUUAUGCUGUGCGGGCCGGCAAUGCCACCAUUACAAGACUUAUCGCACAGAUGUAUGUUAAAUACGAAAUUCACUUUGAUAAGAUGAAUAAUGACGAUUCACGCCAUUACAGGAGGCACAUCGUCUGAAUAAAAGAAGAUGUGCUAAACUUCUUGAGAAUCCGGACAUUCUAAGUGACACAAAUGGUAUAGAAGCGAACAUUCCAAUGGAUCUGAAAUCAGAGGAUUUCGAUGGUGACAGUUUUUCUGUCCGAAGUUCCAGAAGGUCUUUCGGCCGCCCACGUUCUUCAGUAUUGUCACAUAGAAGUUCUAAAUCCAGCAUUUUAACGACAAGCGAAUAUUCAUACCGGCGGACGCCGACGGUGUAUAGUUACGACAUUCCCCGGAGAUCAAAGCGUCGUGACCCGACGGUAGAAAUUCCCCCAUAUGAAAAGAAUGAUAAGAAACUAAUCAGAUGCACGAGCGCAAAUGAUAUACGAAACAACCCCGAAUUUCUGUUUAACAUGUCCCCAAUGCACGAGGCUGGAGAAGUGCAACAGGGUGCUCCUAGACGACAUAUCCGUUCAAAAUCUGCAUUUACGCGAAGAUCUGAAGUAGAGAAUGACAUCUUACUGCCAAGGUCAAGCUGGAGAACUGACUUAAGAAAACUGUAUGUCAAAUAUCAGUAUCAGUGCACGCCGUCUUAUAGAGACACAGCUGUCAUGGAAAUAUGUGAUAACGCGUCACUUCCACCUCUUGACAAACCAAUAACGCCCGCAAAUUCUGAACACGCCAUUGACGAAAUGGACGCUAAAGGAAGAAAAACUCGCGGGAAAAGUGCAACAAUGACAAGGCAAAACACAGAAGAAGUUAUAAACGCGGGAAAAAGCAAACAACCCCCAAAACAAAACCCUAGAAAGCUUUCUCAAAACAUUGGUCACGGGGGUAAAAUAGAAGGAGCUCUCGAAUCGAGUAGUGAGUCUAUAAAUAGUUCGGUUUCUUCAAAGAAACAACCCGAUGGUAAACAUUCAAAGCCUGUGAAAGAAACUGGUGUAGGCAGAACUAGUCGCAGCAUGAACCAUAAAACUGUACCAGCAGUCAAUGUUGAAGAGGCAUAAAAAUGUCAGUGGUCCGAUCAGACAAAAGUCGGCUACAGAUCAAUCACUAAAUCCUUGCGCACUGGAAUUAGAUUUUAUAACUAAUCAGAAAACUCUCAUUCACAGACUUGGUGAACUUUUCUAAAAUCAAGUUUCGUGAAACCGGUAUGAAAUGUACGUAAAUAUGAAAGAAAUGUUAAUUUUGUCGCUACAAAGUGAUGCAAAAUUGCGAAAUAUGGAAGGAUAUAUAUUCGUUUGUUUCUACGUACCAUCUGAAUACUUUCGACUGUAUAUUUGCCCUGAGAAACACAGCCGCGGAUAAAAAUGUUGAUUUUGUGUUCACGAAUGAAAGAAACCU